UUAAUAAAGAAAAAUAUAUAAUGUAAAGCAUGUCCUUCCUCAGUACCUACCAUUGACAGCUCUACGUCUUCUUACCCUUUAGGCAACCCUACAAGAAUCUCUUAUUUUUAGAGAAUUUUGCAAUGUGGGUGGCUUUAGUGAAUGAUAAUUGGCUUAUUUCCAAUUGUGGUUUGGAUUUAAAGAGGAAAGUUUAGAGCUUUGCAGUUUCUUAGCUAAGCCUUUUAUUGUCUGCUACAGCAAGGAAUUUGUUUGGGGAUAAGGCAGGAUUACCAGUAUCAAAACGAAAUGGCGUCUGAUCUUAAGAAGAGCCUGGCCAAGGAAUACAUUGGCAUGGAGUUUUGGGUAGUAAUUAUGGUCUGUCUAGGAUUGGUUUGUGUAUUUGUUCUGUUUGUUUCCCUGUGGUUAUCUUUUAGAAAGAAACCGAGAAGGUCCAAUAACAUGCUUCCCAUCAGCCAAAUACCUAUGGUUCCGGAGGAGAUUAAAGAGAUUGGUAUUGAUCAAAAUUCAGCAAAUAAUGAUGGUUUCCUCAGCCUUAAUGACAAGUUCAGUGACAAAGAAUCAGAGAAAGUAUUGAUCCAACUAGAAAAUGGUGAUGAUAGCAGCCAGUCGGGCUCCUUAAAUCACGUUGAGAAAGAUGGUGUUGGGUCUCAAUCAGGAGAAGAGGGAGGCACUAAGGUGGCUUCCGCUAACCAGCCUUCUUCUCAUCCUAUAACUGCCCCUUCACCUAUGUCUGGCCUGCCUGAAUUUUCACAGUUGGGAUGGGGUCAUUGGUUUACCCUCAGAGAUCUGCAAGUUGCAACAAACCGAUUUUCCAAGGACAACAUUAUUGGUGAUGGUGGAUACGGAGUUGUCUAUCAGGGUCAUUUGAUUAAUGGAACUCCUGUGGCUGUUAAGAAGCUCCUUAAUAAUCCAGGACAAGCUGAUAAAGAUUUUAGAGUUGAAGUGGAGGCUAUUGGUCAUGUGCGUCAUAAAAACCUUGUUCGACUUCUGGGGUAUUGCAUGGAAGGAACCCAGAGGAUGUUAGUAUAUGAGUAUGUCAACAAUGGCAAUUUAGAGCAAUGGCUCCAUGGAGGUAUGCGCCAACAUGGGUAUCUUACUUGGGAGGCUCGCAUGAAAAUUCUCCUUGGCACUGCUAAGGCGUUGGCUUACUUGCAUGAGGCCAUCGAGCCAAAAGUGGUGCAUCGAGAUAUAAAAUCAAGCAACAUAUUGAUUGAUGACUACUUCAAUGCUAAGUUAUCUGAUUUUGGUCUGGCCAAAUUGCUGGGUGCUGGAAAAAGUCAUAUUACUACUAGAGUUAUGGGUACCUUUGGUUAUGUUGCUCCGGAAUAUGCAAAUUCUGGCCUUUUGAAUGAGAAAAGCGAUGUUUAUAGCUUUGGAGUCGUGCUUUUGGAAGCAAUUACAGGGAGAGAUCCAGUGGACCAUGGUCGUCCUGAGAAUGAGGUAAACUUGGUGGAAUGGUUGAAAACGAUGGUUGCAAGAAGGCGCUCAGAAGAGGUGGUAGACCCGAUGAUAGAGACUCGACCAUCAACAAGUGCCCUUAAACGGGGUCUUCUAACUGCUUUAAGAUGUGUUGAUCCAGAUGCUGAAAAAAGACCAAAGAUGAGUCAAGUAGUUCGCAUGCUUGAAUCAGAGGAGUAUCCUAUGCCUAGACAGGAUCGGAGGCACCAAAGAAGCCAUGCAGGGGAGGGUGAGUCGCAGAUGGAGAAUUCUGAUACUGAUAGGAAUGAAAAUCCAGAUACGAAACAAUAAAGCAUAGAACAUAGGGACCAUUUAUAGAAGCUGAUUGCAUGCCUGAGGGCAAUGGUCGCAUUCUUUCGCUCUUGGAAAUUGUUGAGCCCGCCUAAAAGUUGAGAAUGAGGACGGGGAGCUGAAGCAAGCAAUUGAGGCCGGUUACUUGACAACUUUCUGUUAAUUUUUCAUUCAUUAUAGAUGUUGUAGAGAAUUAGUUGGCGCCUGCAAGUUUCUUUGUGAU